CCAACACUAUGGCGUCCGAAAGCAAGCCGUCGCUGCGGACGAUGGCAUUGAACGUCCAGACGUGCCUGGACGAGAUGCUGCCAGAUCACUUCCGCAAUGCGUCGAGCGGGAGCUUCCAGCAGCACUUGGUGGCCCAAAGGGAAAAAGUACCCGCGCAGAAGGCGACAUGGAAGGGCGGCUUGAACUAUCUCUUCGAGUCCUUGAAAAUGCACCGCGAGUGGUACGGACGGAACCAGCAGUACGUCCAAUUGAAGAAGGAGGAGAAGCGACUGGAAGCACACGUCGUGACCUUGCGCAGCAUCAUCUCGUCGUCGCUGAGCACCCUCGAGCUUGAAGUGGGGCUGCGGGAAGCCGAACUCAAGGGCCGCGUCGGCGCCUACAAGGUCAUGUUCGAAGUCUCCCGCGUCGCGUCCGCGCUCAGUCGUCCCGCUGUCAAGCUGCAUGUGCACAAGCCCAACGACUCGUCCAUCUCCGUGUUCUGCGAUACCUUUGUCCUCGACAUCCACCUCACCGGUGGCAAUGGCGACGUCGAGUCGGCGUCGUUAACUACCGUCGUAAAUGAGGUUACCAAGCAGUACCCAGAGCGAGAUGCGGAUCUAUUGAGCUGCCUUCUUGAACUCAUUUCCGGCCGCAGCGAGCGCUUUACAGAAAAGCUACGGCGACUGGUGAAUCGCGCGGAAUUAGCGGCAAAGUUUCCGUCCACCAACUUUGACGAGUUGGAGGACGACUUGCACGAGAAUCUGCAGCUCGUAUGUGCCAAGCAAAACCAGUGGACUGUCAAGCGUGGGGUCGACGGCCUCCUGCUGACCUUUCGGGAUGGCUUGCAGUGCUUUCCGGUGCCCGAUCCGGACGCGUCAUCGGAGGCGUGGCCGGAGUGGCGCGGGUGCCUCACGUUCGCCGAGUGGAAGGGGGCGGUGGCGCUGCAUUUCCUAUGCGACACGGCGCUGGUCAUGUCUGCGAUACAGUGUCGCCGACUGGCCAGUCUGAUCUUUGGCAUGGACGACCAAGACGCUGCCUUGAACGAGCUCAUGCACGACAGCCACGCCGUGGUCCGGAUCCAGCCCCACGUGCGCUCUGUCGCACACGCCAGCACGAAUGUGAUGCUGCAGCGCGUGCUCCCGAUGGUGCUGGAAGGGACGCUCGUGACCAAAGAUAUUCUCGGCGGUCUUCGCUUUGAUGCGUUUCCUAUUCCGCUACUCCGAGGCACGGGCGAAGUCCUUGGGCAGUUAUUAGCGGUGGUGGGCCACAGUUUGUUCUUUCACUCGAUUUUAGCCAGCUUCUUUGCCUCUGCCACCAAUAUAUUUGGGCGAAAGGAUGCCGUCAACCCCGAUGUUGUGCCAUCCAAAGGUACAGACAGACCGUCGUCCUCCAGAUAUAUAUAUUUCUCUAGUCCAAGUGCAAGUGGAAAUAUCUGCGCCGACCACGAUCACACUCAAACUAUCAAGUGACGCCAUGCCCUAUGAGACGCUCGUGGAGGUGACAACCAAAGAGAACUGCUCGCUGGCAGUGCGAACGUGUGGCCUCGACACCAUCGACAGCUCCGAACAAGUAGAAGACCAACUCGGGUGUGCGUGUCACUCGUUGCCGCUUCUUGUGUACUUUGUCUGCCAGCCACUCAUUCUCGGCCAUCGAAAGGCACUCAUGGAAGCCUCAAGUAACGCGCCCGACGUGGUGACGAUCGAUGGUGACGACAUUGGUGACGACAAUGGUGACAACGAUGACGACGAUAUGGGCGCUGGCAUGUCCCUUGAUGACGACAUUGGGCUGGACGAUGAUUCGUUCUUCUAACAACCGAUACAUUGAUGUACACCAUACGAGUGCUAGUAAUACUAGUAAUACUACUACUAUGACUACUA